ACGGGUCCCUGGGCCCUAACCGGAGUGGAGAGGUUUCUAUCUCCACCCGACAGUAGGACUGGAAACGAACACACUCUUCUUUGGAACCCAGUCUCCGCGCUCAUAUUGGUUAGUUACAGUGUGUGCCGAACGAAAACAAGCACUCUGUUGUCAGCCACAGUCAAGUUCUCCCUUACGUUUAGAAUUAUGAAUGACGAUGAAGGAAUUGACUUCCGUAAACUUGAAAAGGAGCUUGCUUUAGCUGUUGAAGCGGACGCUAAGUAUGUUCGGGAGAACGACGCGAAAUUUCGCGCUGUGGAACAGCGAGUAGCAAGCUAUGAGGAAUUUCGGGAUAUUGUCAGCGCGGCUCACUUGAGACCUCUGGAACGAAAAGAUAUCACCGGUGAAAAGUCUCGCAAACAACCUUGGAAUCCUCAUGCCCAUAGUAAAUCACAGACAACGUCAACAAACUCUAAUUUACCACUGCCCUCUGUCUCAAAAAUGCCUCAGACUACCCAUGAGUUUACCAAGGUUUGGAAACGUCAGUGUAAAACAGAAUUAGAAAAAUAUCAACUUUUGCUUGGAAUUGGUGGCCAGGGACUAAGAACUAUUUUCAAAGCAGAGAUAAGCAUGGGACAUUUGGGAGAAUUUCUUGUUAUUCUUCACAACUGCUUGGAUGAAAAAGACACAAACAAAGUUUUUGACAUUCUCCAGCAACUCUCAAGAACAAAUAGGUUUGACCUUUCUCUAAAGUUUCUUGGCGAGGAAGAGAAAGUUGUGGCAUCAAAGCUUUUCAAACAACUGGAGGCUAAUAUCUGUGGAUCAGAAUCAGAAGACAGAGAAAGUGAAGGAGAAAGAAAAGUUAAUGUGGAGUUGAUUCAGGAACUGAGGAGAACUUAUGGUGUGAUAGGUUGACCAGACUAGUUGAUUUCCUAGUCUUGCUGGGACAAUGAUAUACUGUUUGUACACUAUAGUUGAAACAUCUAGUUACUCUUUCUGGGAGCCACGGUUGGCCUCAUGGUUGGUGUGCUCACCUCUGGAUUGAGUGGUUCAGGUUCAAACCCUGCCCAGAGACAGUGCCUGUCUCCACCUAGGUGUACAGGUAUAAAUGGGUACCAGGGAAUUUUAUGCUGCAAGAUAACCCUGGGAUGGACUAUCACUAUCACCCCAUCCAGGAGGGAGUAGAAAUACCCCUAGUAACUUAAUGCUGCAGAAACUGGAGAUAAGUGCCAUUGGCUCUUAUGCAGACUUAACGCAGUAGUAUGCUGUACCCUACCUUUAUUCUUUCUCCAGUCUUAAAUCACCUUUUAAUUCAAGAUCUUCAUCAACAAACAUUAGGUAAUGCUACAGCAAUACAAUACAUUUAUCAAAUAGUGCAUAGUUUUAUUGUUCAUUAAUACCUCAAUCAGAAUAUUUGAGUGGUUGCCCAAGGCUUGAACGCACAGUGCAACAUUGCAGGCAAUUUGCUUCCAAGGGCUAGCCUAAAUCGUUCACGACGGAAAUUGUUCACCUUACUAUUGCUGUCUUAACCAGUGGACAAUAAUCCACAAAAUAUUGCACAAAAUGCUGCACCAUGUGUCAGGGCCGAGGGAAAGAUCAGUUUGUCAUUCCCAAAUGUGGUUGUGGUCUCUUAUGAGUGUGUGCAAACGUAUAACAGAUUUGGAGUGUAAUUCAAAUGGGGAUUUCACAGUGGUUGUCAUAGGUUGAGCUGGUCACUUACAAGAGUGAUUGCAAGGAGAGUUUCAACUGUAUAUCUUAUAAACCAAGUGAAGAUGCCAUAUUGGAAAGAUAAUAGCCCCAAGUUUUGACAGUACAUAUCGAGGGAAAUAAGAGCUGCAGAAAAGACCAAGGACUGAUGUUGUCCCACUCACUAGUAUGGUCCCAAACAAGCCUGGUUAAUAAGAGAUUUAUUACCACAUCUUGAAAUGCAAUAAAGAGUUCACCUAUUAGAGUAGGUUGGAAAAAUCUCAGAAGCCACACAUCUCUUUAGAACCUGUAAUUUCAUUUGCCCCUUGUUUCACGCCUCUGUUGUUGUAAGAGUCAGGUUCAUUGUUUCUGUUGCUUGUUCGAUUGUUUUAUCAGCCAAUCCUGUUAAAUCUUCUGAAACAUGUGUUUCACUUCAGCCAUUGGACGUGCAAAGCUAAAGUACUCUGAAUGGCUGACAUUCGUUGAAGGUCUUCUCUGAUUGUCACUAGAGUUAUCCCAUCAUCUAAAGAGGUCUCUUUCAUGAUGUCUUACGAUGUCAUUAUAGAAAACAAAUUCAAAUACAUGUAAAUUACUACAGCACCUUUUAAUUCACAGUUCUCCCACACCAAAAUGCACAAUGAAUAUGUAACUAAAGUUGUCUAAUGUUAUGACUAGUCUAACAAGUGAGAAUUAUUAUUAACACUGUUACAUGUAAUUCUCAUUUGUUAUUACAAUACAUAAAUGGAAACCUCUUUCUUUAGGACAUUAAUAACUAACAAAUAACACUGAAUUCUACCAAGAAAGUAAAUCACAGAAAUCACAAUUUACAGUGACGUAUGACUAUAUUUACAUCUUAACCUGAUUUUUUAAAAACCCAGUGGUUAGAAUUUCUAAGUUAUUUGCACAUACCAUUUGAUAAGUCACGAGAUUGAAGUGCUGGAUCAGAUUAUUUUGCCAAGAAAGUAUUCAUUUUACUUAAAGCAAAAUUUCCAACAUGGAUAAUUUAUUUUACGUUCAAAGAAUGGACAUUUGCAACAACAAUAUUUUGUGCAUUCAUCUUUUAUUUCCUUGCUUAUGCUCCAACUUUGUCACAUGCCAAAAAAAAAAAA